AUGUUUAUGACAAUGACCAAGGAACAGCAAUCGGCUGACGAGGCAUCGACAAGUCAUGGACUACUUCUCAAAGGAGGAUUCAUUCGAAAGUCAGCUUCAGGGAUCUAUUCGAUGCUUCCACUUGGUCUUCGUAUGCUCAACAAGAUUGAAACCAUCAUUGAUCAAGAGCUUGGUGCUAUUGGGAGUCAAAAGCUAUCACUUCCGCUAUUGUUGUCAGCUGAAAAUUGGAAAAAGACGGGUCGAUGGAAUGCAUCCAAAGGAGAGUUCUUUAGACUCAAAGAUCGACGUGAGACCGAGAUGCUUCUUUCACCAACACACGAGGAAGAAAUCACUCAAUUGGUGGCCCAUGAGCUCAAAUCAUCCAAGCAAUUGCCAAUUCGAUUAUACCAAAUAGGCCGCAAGUAUCGUGAUGAAUUCAGACCUCGAGCUGGUCUGCUGAGAGGACGUGAAUUUGUCAUGAAAGACCUGUAUACCUUUGAUGAAUCGGUCGAAGCUGCAUACCAUUCCUACGAUUUGGUUGCCGAUGCCUAUCAGAAAAUCUUUCAUCGUAUUGGAGUUCCUUUUGUUGUGGCAGAAGCGGAUACAGGCAAUAUGGGUGGAUCAAAAUCACACGAAUACCAUUUAAUAUCCCCAGCUGGUGAAGAUACGUUAUUGAGCUGUUCAAAUUGUGGCUAUACCGCCAAUGAAGAACUUGCAGUCGGCAAAUUGGAUGACGCUAUCAAGGAUGAAGAGAUCAAGGACGCAGGAGCAGAGAAUGAGGUGUGCAAGGCAUUAGGGCUGGUUCCCAAGACACCUGUGACCCACUCAUUGCUUCGUUUUGCAAGCUUGGAUAAGGAAGGGGUACCAGUGCACCAAGGGACAGCAGUGGUGCUUGCACGUCAAGGCCGAACCAUCAACAUGCUCAAGGUGGAAAAGACAUUGACAGCCCAUCUUCAGGAACAACAGCUUUUUACGGAGGGUGGUAUGAUUGAUAUGGCUGCUAUCACUGAAGCGAUUCCAUCACCUUCAACAACAACACCUAUCCAUGUCUUUGUCGAUGACUCGGUUGGUCCUUUGCCAAAUGUACCGGAUCACGUGGUUACCCAUGGCCCUGAUCAUUUCCGUACCACUGAAGCAGGCGAUGUGUGUGUGUCUUGCAAUCAUCACGACAGCAAAUUGACAACCGUCAAAGCCAUUGAAGUGGGACACACGUUUUAUCUCGGCACAAAGUAUUCAUCCGCCCUUGGUUGUACAUUUUUACCCGAGCAACGAGGAGCAUCCCCAAAGGCUGCCGAAAUGGGUUGUUUUGGCAUUGGUAUUUCACGCUUGGUUGCCACUGCAGCUGAAGUCUGUCAUGAUGAUCGUGGUAUUGUAUGGCCUAGCAGCAUUGCACCCUAUCGCGUAUGCAUCGUGCCUACCAGCAACAACAACGCCAAAUUGCUCUCCAUGGCGGAAUCCAUUUAUGAUCAACUUGAAAAUGAUAUGGCUUUUCGCGUCAAAGGACAUGCAGGCAGUGUCUUUUACAACGAUAUUGUGAUUGAUGAUCGCAAACAAAUGUUUGGCGCCAAGAUGGCGGAUGCUGAGCUCAUUGGAUAUCCUUUCAUUGUGGUCCUUGGUAAACAUGCACUAGAGACCGGUGUCGUUGAAGUCAACCAACGUGUCAAAGGAGAAGCUAAUAUCAAAACCAAGGUGCCAGUGGACGAAUUGGGUUCAUGGUUAUUUGAGCGACAGAUGCUUUAG